GCAUCACGGUCACGCACACCAUUUUCUCCUGAAUCUUAGCGCGCUUCAUUGCUCGGUUGACUGUCAAUGAACGUUGUCAAUGUAAAGGAUUUGAAACAUAUUCGCAUUAGUAGCUGUGGUGUACUCGUUCAACUACUAACGACACCUGGGAAGUAAAAAUGCGUCUCCAGACCGACACAUGGAAACUUAUAGACCUUACGCUGGCAUUCCCAGCUUUGUCCACUCCGAGUCCUACCGAUUAAUCACCAAGCUACUUUGGGAGAACUGUUUGCAGAACAUGAGAGCUUGGAACCAAAGGCCCCAGAGUUCUCGUCCAUUAACGUCCUUACUAUUCGUUACGAAGACCAGAGCUUCGAGGAUGAAAAAGGUGCCGAGCCUUCGACUAGCAUACCUGCAUCACGAGCUUCAUAAAGCGACUACUGUAAGUGCCACCCCGAUCGGAUUGAGACCAAGUUAAACAUCUUUAUUUUGAGGACGGAAUACGCAUCGCGUUUCUUUUACUAACCGAAGCUUUGGAUUCUUCGGUAUAGUUAAUCAUCCUUGAAGUCCUAGUGAUGUCUUUUCUUAAUGCCUGUACGUCCCAAUCCGGCUUCAUCGCAAACACACCACUUCAAUUUUCCACGAAACAUCGUCAUGUGCCACUGAUGUUUCCCAGAGUGAUAGAAUUGUCAUCUGCUUUGACUGAGAAGCAUCGUUGUAUUGAGGUCACGGACUAGUAUACCUCAUCGCUCGCUGAAACCCUCCCACCUCCCACCAUGGUAUCCACAGACCUCGAAAACUGGCUUCCUCCACCUGAGACCCACGCAGAACUCGACUGGGCCCCACUUCUCACUCUUGACCUGUCCCGCUUUGACAAACCGGGUGGAAAAGAAUCCUUGGCUGCGGAAUUAAGGGACGCUUCCACGAGUUGGGGUUUCUGGACGGUAAUUAAUUCCGGUAUCCCGCAAGCCUUGGUCGAUCGCCAUUUCGCCAUCGCCAAUAUGUUCUUCAAUCAGUCUACCGACGAGAAGAAGAAGGUCAUUGCUGAUUAUGAGGGUGGUGGAAGCCAUUUUGGUUAUCGGGUACCAAGAGUUAUGGAAGUGGGCGACGAGCAUGGCGAGAAGCACAAAAUGUUACAAAACGUUGAAGGGCUAAACAUUCCAAAAAUACCUUCCCUGGAUCAAGAAAUGACUGAACCUCUCCACGACGUGAUCAAAAAGUACCGCAGCGACAUAGCUGAGUUUCAGAAACUUUGUUAUGAAAAAGUUUUACGUCGCCUACUCGUACUCAUCGCCAUCAUCUUGGAACUACCGGAAGACUAUUUUGUCGAACGGCACGAUUUUUGCGCUCCUUCGGAAGACCAUGUCAGAAUGUUAAAGUACCAUCCCCGUUCGGAAGAAGAGGACAAGAAAAUGAAGGAUACAUGGCUAAGGGGCCAUACGGACUUUGGGUCCUUGACACUACUUUUUAGCCAACCUGUCGCGGCGUUACAAAUACUAGCGCCCUCCAAUGAGUGGAAAUGGGUGAAACCCGUCGAAGGGGGUAUAACCUGCAAUGCAGCGGACGUGAUGUCCCUCCUGACAAAGGGUUAUAUCAAAAGCAGUGUUCACCGCGUCGUUCGACCACCACCAGACCAGGCUCACCUACCCAGAAUCUCCUUAAUUUACUUCUUGAGGCCAGGUAACGAUGUACCUAUGAUCCCCGCACCUAGCCCGGUCCUUCUACGAAAGGGACUGAUCGGGAAGGAGGAGGUCAAUGAGGAGGAGAUUGUGACAGGGUAUGAGUAUGUACGUGCCCGCGCGGGGUACUUCAAUACUCGCAAGACAUUGAAGGUCGGCCAGAAAGGGCAAGCAGAGAAACCGGUUCAUAAAGUCAAGCACUUGACCGUUCAAGAUUACUACGUUUGAUUUGGGGAUAGAAGAGACUAAAGCGAGUGUUCUGAAUCGAAUGCUGUAGAACAUCUGUACGAUACGGACGGC